UUUUAUUGUUGUUACUAGUUAUUAUUAUACUUAUGGUGGUGAUGAUGAUGAUGAUAAAUGAUGAUUUUUAACCCGAUUAAAAGAGUUUUUCUGAAUGUUAAGAAUUUCUUCGGCCUCCUGAUUUGACUUUGGAGUUUUGUAUCUUGGGAGAGAAAGUGAAGGCGUUGGCAUUUUUAAGUAGAUUGAUCAAUCAUAUAAACCUUUUCUCUCCCAACCCCACCCUUGCCCUCAACCCCUUCCCCAAACUGGAAAUAAUUUUACUGGCUGUUAAGUCUAUGACCUUAUUUUUCCUGAUCUUUAACUUAACUGUUUUAGAGCAUCUCUGGACUUCUGUAUUUUUAAUUUUUUUAUUUUUGUUUUUUAUUUUUAAUCUUUCAUUUGUUAAAUUUUUAAACUGUGCUGCAAUAAAAUGUGUGUGGUACUACUUAACACCUAGAAUGGUGAUGGCGUUUCCCCAGAAAGCCAUCUUCCUCUUGUUUACCUUGAAUCCCAUCCUGCUUUUCCUGUACACUACCCCUCACAAACCACAAGCCUCAGCAACAUGGAUGCCCAGCCUGGAGCAGCAUCAGCCAGGAUGACCUGGAGCCAGGGGGGCCUUCGGAAGAGAUGCACACCCUUCCUGGGUGAUGGUAAGAGUUUUUCAGCUUUGUGAAGAACCUUAACUUCAAAGAAAAUGGCUAGCAAUGUUACCAACAAGACAGAUCCUCGCUCUAUGAAUUCCCGUGUAUUCAUUGGGAAUCUCAACACUCUUGUGGUCAAGAAGUCUGAUGUGGAGGCCAUCUUCUCAAAAUAUGGCAAAAUUGUUGGCUGCUCUGUUCAUAAGGGCUUUGCCUUUGUCCAGUAUGUUAAUGAGAGAAAUGCCCGAGCUGCUGUGGCAGGAGAGGAUGGGAGAAUGAUUGCUGGCCAGGUUUUAGAUAUUAAUCUGGCUGCAGAGCCAAAAGUGAACCGAGGAAAAGCAGGUGUGAAACGAUCUGCAGCGGAGAUGUACGGGUCAGUACCAGAACACCCUUCUCCGUCCCCUCUACUCAGCUCCUCCUUUGACUUGGAUUAUGACUUUCAGCGUGAUUAUUAUGACAGGAUGUACAGUUAUCCAGCACGUGUUCCACCUCCUCCUAUUGCUCGUGCUGUGGUACCCUCUAAACGCCAGCGGGUAUCUGGAAACACUUCACGAAGGGGCAAAAGUGGCUUUAAUUCUAAGAGUGGACAGCGAGGAUCAUCUUCUAAGUCUGGAAAGUUAAAAGGAGAUGACCUUCAAGCCAUUAAGAAGGAACUUACCCAGAUAAAACAAAAAGUGGAUUCUCUACUGGAAAGCUUGGAAAAAAUAGAAAAGGAACAGAGCAAACAAGCAGACCUGUCCUUAUCAACCCCAGUAGAGGUAAAGAAUGAAAAGACUGAAGAGGAGCAAACUAGCACCUCUGUGAAGAAAGAUGAGACUAAUGUGAAGAUGGAGUCUGAGGCAGGUGCAGACGACUCUGCUGAGGAGGGAGAUCUUCUGGAUGAUGAUGAUAAUGAAGAUCGGGGAGAAGACCAGCUGGAAUUGAUCAAAGAUGAUGAAAAAGAGGCUGAGGAAGGAGAGGAUGACAGAGACAGCGCCAAUGGCGAGGAUGACUCUUAAGCACCUAGCAGGCUUUAGAAAUCUUACCGAUUGUUUCUUUACCUAGGCGUUUGUCCAAGAUCAAAAUUACACCAGAUUCACUCCCCUAGAAUCUUCAGCACAUUUUCACUGUUGUUCUCCCUUACCUUGUCCUACCCACGUUCAUUAAUUCAUACUAUACUGCCCAAUGCCAAGUUCCAUUUUUCACUUCCUUUUACGCUCGAAGUAGUUGUGUUAAGUCUUACCCUGUAAUUUUUGCUUUUGAUACCUCUUUAUGACUUAACAAUAAAAAAUGUAUGGUUUUUAUCAACUGUCUCCAAAAUAAUCUCUUGUUAUGCAGGGAGUACAGUUCUUCCAUUCAUACAUGGUUUCAAUAGUUGCUUCCCUGACUGCAAAAGCAUUCUCAUUUACUUAUAGCAUCAGAGCAUCUUUGAGUUAGCAGUACAUGUGUGACCUUCCCCAUGUACUCUGGGGUUGAGUAUUCAACACAUAUGUAACAAUGUAUUUUUGUGAAUGAGAGUUGGCAUGUCAAAGGCAUCCUUUAGAAAAAUAGUGUGAUAGUCUUAAUACUUGUUUUCUAAAGUUGAUACUGUGGGUUAUUUUGUGAACAUCUUGAUGUUUGGGACCUUUUUUUUCUCAAAAUAAACAGUCCUUAUUAAACCAGGAAUUUGGAGGAAAAAAUACCUGUUUUAAAUUAUUUUUUUGUCUUCAAAUUAUUUGUUUUACACUGGGUGGGGGCACUAAACCUUAGGUUGUAUUAAGUGGUAAUUGUGCAUACCAGUAUAUAUGCUAAAAUCAUUUGAUUGUGGGUGCUGCAUUAACAAGUUUAGUAACUUUGACAUGGAGUGGAAAUUUUUAAAAUCACUAUUAGGACCCUAGAUAACUCAUAGUGGAUUCUGAAUCUGUGCCUGAGUUACUGAUUAAUAGGGAAGUACUUUGUCUUUCCUCAUCUUUGGUAGCAUGUGCCUUCAGGUAACUGAACCUAAUGAAGGUUGUGCAUUUUUUUAUGACAUUUUAUCCAUGUGUCCUAGUCUUAGCCUUUAACCCUAAGUUUAAUUGCAGUGAAUUGAGGCAUUAUGUCAAUCACCAAAACUUGUAAAGAUGCAGGUGUAGCUGCCAUGUUUGCCUACUUCUGAAAGGGUACAGUUUACUUACUGGGUUUUCUUCUGUAUAGCACCAUUAAAAACACUUGAUAAUUUUAUUGCAAAGAUCCUUGUCAUCCCCCUAAAAGGUCUUCACAUAGUAUUUGAAACAAAGCCUCAUUGAAAGAACUGGUGGAACUGGAAGCCUAUAUGUGUAACAUAAAAGGGGUAUCUUUCUAUAUGUGAAAAAUAAUCACUGUUUUCUAAUCUAAUGUAAAUCUGUUAGCAGACUUGAAAGUUAGUCCAUGAUUAGACAAUCUCCUCAAUUCAUGGGAAGAUAUUAGAAGCCCAAGAUUCCAACAGCUUGGUUUAACAUACUGUCAGCAUCUGAUUUUUAAAUAUUGGAUAAAUUAGUUCUGAAUUUAGAACAAUUCCUUCCAUUUUCUUUAUUGACUUCUUUGUUACCAAAGGUGACUCUGCUGCACUUUUUGGCACUAUAUCUCAUUGUAUUCUAUUAUCAGUUGCCUUACUUUCCCCAGGAAACAGGCGUUGAUAGAACCUGAUAAAUAUUUAAAAGUACAUAAUCAAUAUUCAAAAUAGCUUGUAUAUACUGAUGAAAAUACUAAUAUUUUAACUCAACUAGGUAAUAAAAGAACAUUUCCCACGGUCUACAAAACAAUAUUGUCAUGUACAAUAACUGACAUUCAGGCACCAAGCCAAGGCAUAACAAAAUACAUUUCAUUGAAAUAGGAUAAGCCAGUCAUGGUGGUGCAUGCUUUUAAUCCCCACUGAUGGGAGGCGGUUAGGAGGGUGGCUGUGAGUUUGAGGUCAGCCUAGACAGGUGUGAAAUACUCUACCUUGAAAAAUGGUAUAUCUUUAAGUCUGAUAAAAUGCAUUGUUUAUAGUCCCCUUAUUUGUCUUCAUGACAUAGGUACAUGUGGUAGGCUGGUUUAUAGGUGCUGUGGCAUUAUUAAAUUUUGCACCCUUGAAAAUACAAUUAUGUAGCGGAGCAGUAAGUCUGAUAAAGUCAUAAGAGCUAGGCAACAACUUUGUAAAUAGUGAAUAUGCCAUAAAGGGGCUGGACAUCAUUCACUGAAAGUAAAUGCAAUAUGAUGUGGUUGCAUUUGUUCUGGUAUAAUAUUUCAAGUCAGUUUUUUAAUUGGAGUAAUGGAUUCUUAAAUAGUCUGGACCCUUUAAAAAAAACUUAUUUGAGAGAGAAUGGCCUCCAACUUUAACUGCUAAACCAUCUCUCCAGCCCAGUCUGGAGGCUUUUAAUCCUGCAGUUUGCUUCCAGACAUAGAAGAGGAAUGGCUAAAAAUCAUAUUCAUAUUUUUUUUAGUUUUAAUGUGGAUAUUGGGGAAUUAAAUCCAGGCCACCAGGCUUUGUAAGUACUUUAACUGCUGAACCAUCUCUUCUGCCUCAGUCUUAAGUCAGUCUCACGUAGUUAAAACUGGCCUGGAAGUUGCAAUGUAACUUGAAGUUGAGCAUCCCAUCUGCUGAGAUUAUAUUGGUUCACCACCACUGAUUGCUGAGGGUGAUUACAUAUGCUAUCCCUCUUCUGCCUGCAGUGCUGAGUUUUCUUCCCAGGAUGUUAUGCAUGCAAACCUUUUCUACUGAGUGACAUCGUGGGCGCCUAAAGAAAUUCUCUAAACAUUGCUCAUAUGGCAUGGGCUUGUGAUUAGGAGACACAUUUGAACUUAAUGUAGGCAACUUUUAGAAGAUGUGCAAUUUUUAAAAAUAGGUUGAUUUAGAUCUAGUAUGAGUUCACCAGCAUCUCAGCCACUGUGCAAAUGCCAGAUGCCUGUACCUGGCUUUUGAGUACUGAGAAAUUGUACCUGAGCCGUUGCUCCAGUAUUGAUGUCAAGUGCUCAUAUUUUUUGAGUUCUCUGUAUAAAAUAAUGUGUUUUGUGGAAUAGGGGGUACUUGCCUGUUAGAUGAAAUUGUCUUAAAUAUACUUAGUUUUGGGAAUAUGUGGCUGAUCUGUAGUCACUGACUUACUUUGUUUUUUGAGGUAGGGUAUCACUCAAGCUCAGGCUGACCUAGAAUUCACUGUCUCUGCUGGCCUUCUAACUCCUAAGGAUCCUCCUACCUCUGCUUUCCAAGUGCUGGGAUUAAAGGCGUGUGACACCAUGCCAGCUCAGUUUUUUUUUUUUUUUUAAAGUUCUGUUGUUUUUGAGGUUGGGUCUCUAUCCCAGACGGACCUGGUUCACCAUGUAGUUUCAGGAUGGUCUUCAUGUGGACCAUCAUUCCUAUCUUUGGAAGUUAAUUUAUGAGCAAGGGAGUCUAUGAGUGUUAACUUCCAUUUUUUUUGAAGAUGCGCUUCUUUUAAAUAGAUUCUUUUUCUAAAAAAAAAAAAAAUUAUUUGGGGGAGAGAGGCAGAGACUGGCCACACCAGGCAAGCAAAACUCCAGAUGCAUGCACUGCUUUGUGCAUGCCUCCGCACCUCCUCCCCCUUAUAUUUACUUUUGGUUUUUCAAGGUAGAAACAGCCCAGGGUGACAUGGAAUUCACUCUGUAGACUCAGGGGUGGUUAUCCCCCUUCCUCUGCCUCCCGAGUGUUGGGAUUAAAGGCAAGCACCUCCACAUCCCACAGCUAAAUUUGAAAGUAUAGUUAAUCUUAGAUUUGGGAAAUGCUAGGUGGCCAACCAUACUCAAGAACCUAGAUUUGUUCCCCAGCGCUGACAAAGAAGUAAAUUAAGAUGUUAAAACUGGAUUAGAAGUCCCAGUUAUUAGGAGUAAAAGUAAAAGUUUUGUACUCUGGUCUGAAAGUCAUGACACAGCUUUAUAAAUCUUGUUAGGUAUAAUAACUGAGGACAGUCAUGUCACAAAUGCCAAGAGCAAAGCUUUUUCAGAUUGAACUCUGGUAGAGAUAAGACCUCUUCUGUCCAGUCUUUGGGCCAUACCACUCUAUGGGAUCUAUUAGUAUAGUUCAUGCUUGACUAACAUGUAUUAUGUAGUACAAAACAAAUAAUUUCGGGGAAAUAUAACCAACCUUAAGUUUUCAAAGCAAGCCAGAUAGGGUGACACAUGUCUUUAAUACCAGCAUGGAGGCCCAUGAAGGAGGAUGGCUGUGAGUUCAAGGUCACCCUGAGACUACAUAGUCAAUUCCAGGUCAUACUGGGCUAGAGUGAGACCCUGCCUCCACCAUGCCCAGCUUCCUUAAUUUUUAAAACAUUGUUUUGCAAUUUGGACCUAUGGCUGGAACUCAUCAAAUUGUAAUUGCAACUUGGUACUAAUUAGGAAACUGCUGCAAUAUACUUAUUCUGUUCCAUAUGGUUUUCUAGUAAAGUAUUAAAAGAGUAUGCCCAUCUUGCUUGUAAGAGGUUGAAAAUCAUAAGUUUAGGAAACAGCCCAGGAAAUUUUGGUUAUAGAUAAACUAGAAAUUGUUCAAUCUUCAUAGUCAAAGAAAAGCCGAAAUUUUACUUUACUCAGCACUCUUCAACCUUUAAUAGGAGGCUCAAGUUGUUCUGUAUCCAAGAAAGUGACUUUCCAAACUACACAUACUAGUAUCUUGGCUCCUGUCUUGUUACAACUUACCAUUUAAUGUCACAUUGUCUACACUACAUUGAGUCAUAGGCUAUUAUUUUCAGAAGUAUAUUUUGGGAUGCUUGUUCAGAGGUAAAAGUUCGCUGGUUCUUGAUGCCAGCACCAGCUUCUUUAAAAAAAAAAAAAAUUACUGAAGAGAACAAGAAAGAGGCAGAAAGAGUAUGGACAUGCCCAGUCCUGUCAUU